UCCAGCCCCACCCGUCCCCUCCCUCUGAACCUGCUCCGGCCGGUCCCGGCCCCGCCCGCUGCCCUUCCUCACCGGGAGGAGGAGGAGGAAGAGCCGCCCGCGGGCUGAGGCUGAAGGGACGCGUGGAGCGCGGGGCUCCGGUUCAGUGGUUCAGGAGGGGACGGGACGGCUCCACUCCCCACCGCCAGCACAGCGGGCUGCUCCAUGUCCAGGAGGCUGCGGAGGAGCAGGAGGGCGGUGCUGGAGAAGCCGUGGCAGAGCCUGGACGAGAGGAGCAGCGCGCAGCCCGACCCGCACCCUGCGCUCACCAGAUCCAGAACAUACAACCCGUCCACCUGCACCGAGACCCCGGAGCCGUCGGGUCGGCCGGGAUCCCCAAACCCGCUCAGUAAGCGCCGCGCUGCCUUCCACAAAGCCUUUGAGGAGGUGGCGGGGCGCGAGGCGCUGCUGGGCUGCUUCUCCUGCGCCUGGCAGCGCGAGGUGCCCUACCACGGCCGCCUCUACGUCUCCUCCGGGCACCUCUGCUUCCACGCCAGCCUGCUGCUCAGGGACAUCAAGGCCAUUGUCCCGGUGGCUUCCAUCUGUGCCCUCAAGAAGACCAACACGGCGCUGCUGGUGCCCAACGCGCUCAGUGUCCGCACGGUGCAGGGGGACAAGUUCCUCUUUGUGUCACUGCGCCGGCGUGAGGCCACGUACCAGCUGCUGAGAGCGCUCUGCAGACACCUGCAGGACAAUGCCUGGAGCCCCCCAGCCUCUCCCCUCAACCACAGCACUGAGCAGAGCCCUAAGAAAUCCCGGACCUCCAGCCACUCAGACCUGGAGCGAUGCACACCAGAACCUGACGGGCUCCUGGAGCUGCAGGAUGAGCCAAACUCAGCAUUGAAUGGAGCAGAGGAGGAUGAGGAAGAGGAGGAGGAGAUGGCAGAGGACACUCCAGUUCUGGGCAGAGCAGGGGGAUCCCACCCAGCCCUGCCAGCACAAAGCGCCGCUCAGCUGCGGGCCUUCAACACCGUCAUCGUGCUCUACCUGCUGCUGAUGCUGGCCCUGCUGCUGACCUCGGGCUACAUCGGGCUGCGCAUCCUGGAGCUGGAGCAGCAGCUGGCGGCGCUGGGGGCUUGGCCAGAGCUCAGCCCGGUGCAGCGGCACAACAAGACGUGAUGGCAGCAGGGACAGGGCUGGUACCGGGACACCAGCCCAUGGGAGCAGUUCUGGGACUCCCCAGAAGGUGGGGGGGGUCCCCAAGUACCUUCCAGCACCCCCAGGAGCCUCCAUGGGCCAUAGGGCUCCAUCCCACCCCCCCGAGCUCAGUGUGUGAGCCCUGAUCUGUGGACAAACCAGACCUGUGGGGGCAGCCAGAGCCCGGCCCCAACCCUGGGGCUGCGUGGGGCAGCCAACACAAGGGGUGCAGGCACGGCAGGGCCCGGUGGGCACGGGGAGACUGAGCUAUUUUAUUAAUAAAGAGCUGCCAUGGUGCUA